UAUUAUACACUUCAAAAAACCAUGCACACCAAAGUAAUAAUAGAUGCUACUCAAGGAAGUGAACUUGGGAAGAUAAUACUAGUCUAUGUUUUGGAUGCAAUCAUCCGUGUAGAUCAUGAGAGAUAUUUCCUGGACCAACUUCAAAGCAGGGGGUUUCCUAUGAUCAUGUCCUAUGAACAUCAGCAGGCAUGGAAAUGUGUCAUUGGAGAUGCUGUUGAAGCUAGUAGCAGUCUUGGGUCCAGCGAUACGAUCUACCAUUUCAGCACCUCCAGAGGCUGGAAUGCUGCAACCAAUACUCUAUACACCUGCAAAAGAUCCAGAAAAUUCUCCCAGUCUUUAUAAGGAAGGGUGGCGUGCUGGCAAGAUGUGCUCUAGAAUUGAAUCUAAUUCUUCAAGAGUCAUAACAGAUACUGUCUGUCAAAACUGCAAAAAGGUGGCUUCGCUGAUAUAAUGUGUAAUAGGAUUGCAUACACACAUUCAUCCCAAGUUACAGUUCCUAUCACAAUUUUGUCUCAAUGCUCUCUACCUCCUCUAGUCAUACACCGAGUCACUUAAUAUUGGUAGACUAGCUCAGGAAUUUUGUGAGGCAAAGAUUAAAGCAGUAUCAAUCUUGCCUGAGGAGCUUGAAGACAGAAGUAGUCAUCCCUUCCUAGGGUCAUCUUCAGCAUUACUUAAUAUCGGUAUACUAGAGCUCUAGAAUUUUGUGAGGACAGUCUUGCCUGAGGAGCUUCAUGACGGGAGAAGUGAUCCCUGCAGUAUUCGCGUUCAGGCAUUGUGCAAAUUCUCCUGAUUUUGAUGGUCUGAUGUGGGAGAUUGCAGUUUGUGUCUUCAUUACCGUGUAUCUAAUUCUCAUAUAUGUAUGUACGUUGCAAUGUAGAUCCUUCAAUGAUAUAAAUAUA